AUGACAAGUUCACAGCAGCCAAAAAAAGAAAAUUGGUGCAAUUACAGUGACCUUAAGCCAAUUAAGGUAUUCGAAUACCCAGAUCAAGCAUCAAAAAUUAUUUGGGGCAUCAAUUCCAAUAAUAUUAUACAAUUAUCUUCGCAAAUUAUCGAAUUAAUAACAACCAACAAAAUAACUAUCCAAAUGGCGCUUCGUUUGAUUGAUGUUUUUUCACAAAUUCGUGAUAAAGAAAUUAAAUUAUUUUCAGAACUUUACCAAAAGAUAUCAAACGCAUUUUCAUACAUCAAUAAACCAGAUAAUGAGAAAUUGGCGACACUUCUACAUUAUCAAGGCUUCAAAUUUGAAAACUUCAAACCUAAAAUAAAAGAAGAAGAAAUUCUGAAUUUAUAUUCAACAGAUUCUCCUUUAUACUAUAUUGCAUGGGAUAAAAUUGAUGAUCUUAAGAGUAAAUUCCCAAACCUUGAUAUUAAUCAGGAGAGUAAUAAAAUCACACCACUUGAUUGUGCAAUUAAAUAUGGCUCAGAAUUAUGUUUCAAUUACUUGAAAAAUUUAGGAGCUCAAUACACUGAUUACUCCGAAAAAUAUGCUGUUCAAGGCGGAAAUCAAAACAUUUUUAUGCAAAUGAUAGAAGAAGGUAAAUCAUUUGAUAACAUGAUUAAUAAAGCAUUGAAUUAUCGACACUAUGAAAUUGUUGAGUACCUUCAAUCAAAUUUUGGACAAACUCCCGAUUCAAUAGCAGAAAAUAUGCAUUUCGGAAAUUAUGAUGUUGCAUCUUAUUUACUUUCUAAUGGAGAAGAUAUCAACAAAAUUCAUGAUCUAUUUCUUUUCAUAUUUAUUAUUGUUUUAUUUAAUUAUCUUUCUUUUCAUAUUUAUCAUUGUUUUAUGACAUUUUCUUUCUUUUCAUAUUUAUUAUUGUUUUAUUUAAUUAUCUUUCUUUUCAUAUUUAUCAUUGUUUGA